AUGGGGAAGCAGAAGUAUCUAUGUGCCAGCAGAAAUGAUUGCACCAUUGAUAAAUUUCGGAGGAAAAAUUGUCCAUCUUGUCGACUCCGGAAAUGCUAUGAAGCAGGGAUGACUCUAGGAGCUCGAAAGCUGAAAAAACUUGGAAAUCUAAAACUACAGGAGGAAGGAGAAAAUUCCAGCGCUGGAAGCCCCACUGAGGACCCAUCCCAGAAGAUGACAGUAUCACACAUUGAAGGCUAUGAAUGUCAGCCUAUCUUUCUUAAUGUCUUGGAAGCCAUUGAGCCAGGAGUGGUGUGUGCUGGACAUGACAACAACCAGCCUGAUUCCUUUGCUGCCUUGUUAUCUAGCCUCAAUGAGCUUGGCGAGAGACAGCUUGUACAUGUGGUCAAGUGGGCCAAGGCCUUGCCUGGAUUCCGCAACUUACAUGUGGAUGACCAGAUGGCAGUCAUUCAGUAUUCCUGGAUGGGACUCAUGGUAUUUGCCAUGGGUUGGCGGUCCUUUACUAACGUCAACUCCAGGAUGCUCUACUUUGCACCUGACCUGGUUUUCAAUGAAUACCGCAUGCACAAGUCUCGGAUGUACAGCCAGUGCGUGCGGAUGAGGCACCUGUCUCAAGAAUUCGGAUGGCUCCAGAUAACCCCCCAGGAAUUUCUGUGCAUGAAAGCACUGCUACUCUUCAGCAUUAUUCCAGUGGAUGGGCUGAAAAAUCAAAAAUUCUUUGAUGAACUUCGAAUGAACUACAUCAAGGAACUCGAUCGUAUCAUUGCAUGCAAAAGAAAAAAUCCCACAUCCUGCUCAAGGCGCUUCUACCAGCUCACCAAGCUCCUGGAUUCUGUGCAGCCUAUUGCAAGAGAGCUGCAUCAGUUCACUUUUGACCUACUAAUCAAGUCCCAUAUGGUGAGCGUGGACUUUCCUGAAAUGAUGGCAGAGAUCAUCUCUGUGCAAGUGCCCAAGAUCCUUUCUGGGAAAGUCAAGCCCAUCUACUUCCACACACAGUGA